GAGAGGCUCCCGCCCACCCGCCCUGAGUCGCGGCGUCCGCAUGGAGGAGCCGCGCGCUCCGCCAGCUGGGUCGGGGCCGCUCCCACCGCCGCUGCAGGGAGGCGGAGCCGCCGAUGUUCCGGAGCCCGGAGCCCGGCAGUACCCGGGACACGAGACGGCGGCGCAGCGGUACAGCGCCCGCCUGCAGCAGGCCGGCUACGAGCCUGAGAGCAUGGCGGACUACCUGAUCAGCGGCGGCACCGGUUACGUGCCCGAGGAUGGGCUCACUGCGCAGCAGCUGUUCGCCAACGCCGACGGCCUCACCUACAACGAUUUCCUGAUUCUCCCAGGAUUCAUAGACUUCACAGCUGAUGAGGUGGACCUGACUUCAGCCCUGACUCGGAAGAUCACGCUGAAGACGCCACUCAUCUCCUCCCCCAUGGACACUGUGACAGAGGCUGACAUGGCCAUCGCAAUGGCUCUGAUGGGCGGUAUCGGUUUCAUUCACCACAACUGCACUCCAGAGUUCCAGGCCAACGAGGUGCGAAAGGUCAAGAAGUUUGAACAGGGCUUCAUCACGGACCCUGUGGUGCUGAGCCCCUCGCACACCGUGGGUGACGUGCUAGAGGCCAAGAUCCGGCAUGGCUUCUCUGGCAUCCCCAUCACUGAGACAGGCGCCAUGGGCAGCAAGCUGGUGGGCAUCGUCACCUCCCGAGACAUCGACUUUCUCGCUGAGAAGGACCACACCACCCUCCUCAGUGAGGUGAUGACACCGCGGAAUGAGCUGGUGGUGGCUCCAGCGGGUGUGACACUGAAAGAGGCAAACGAGAUCCUGCAGCGCAGCAAGAAAGGGAAGCUGCCCAUUGUCAAUGAUCGAGAUGAGUUAGUGGCCAUCAUUGCCCGCACUGACCUGAAGAAGAACCGGGACUACCCCCUGGCCUCCAAGGAUUCCCACAAGCAGCUGCUGUGCGGAGCGGCCGUGGGCACCCGUGAGGAUGACAAAUACCGCCUGGACCUGCUCACCCAGGCGGGCGCCGACGUCAUAGUGCUGGACUCCUCCCAAGGGAACUCUGUGUAUCAGAUCGCCAUGGUACACUACAUCAAGCAGAAGUACCCCCGCCUCCAGGUGAUUGGGGGGAAUGUGGUGACAGCAGCUCAGGCCAAGAACCUGAUUGAUGCUGGUGUGGACGGGCUACGUGUGGGCAUGGGCUGCGGCUCCAUCUGCAUCACCCAAGAAGUGAUGGCCUGUGGUCGGCCGCAGGGUACUGCUGUGUACAAGGUGGCUGAGUACGCCCGGCGCUUCGGGGUGCCGGUCAUAGCCGAUGGUGGCAUCCAGACCGUGGGGCACGUGGUCAAGGCCCUGGCCCUUGGUGCCUCCACAGUGAUGAUGGGCUCCCUGCUCGCUGCCACCACGGAGGCCCCCGGCGAGUACUUCUUCUCGGACGGUGUGAGGCUCAAGAAGUACCGGGGCAUGGGCUCGCUGGACGCCAUGGAGAAGAGCAGCAGCAGCCAGAAGCGCUACUUCAGCGAGGGAGAUAAGGUGAAGAUCGCGCAGGGUGUCUCGGGCUCCAUCCAGGACAAAGGCUCCAUUCAGAAGUUCGUGCCCUACCUCAUAGCGGGGAUCCAGCAUGGCUGCCAGGAUAUCGGUGCCCGUAGCCUGUCUGUCCUGCGGUCCAUGAUGUACUCAGGAGAGCUCAAGUUUGAGAAGCGGACCAUGUCAGCUCAGAUCGAGGGUGGUGUCCACGGCCUGCACUCCUAUACCUUUCUGCCGUCACUGAGGACAGUCCACCAGCUGCGGCUGUGGCCAGAAGGAGCAUGGCUGUCCCUGGGCCUGGCAUGGUUCUUCCGGGAGCCUUGGCCUGAGGCGGACAGAGUUAUGAGAAGCGGCUGUACUGAGGAUGGUGGUGGAGGCCCAGGCGGCGGAGGGGUCAUACCCCAGGGUCCCCCUUUGGGUACAGCCUCCCUCCAUAACUGAGUGGUCCACAGAUUUGCACUACUGGUUCCCCAGCUCCUUUCCAGGGAGAGAGGAGGGGAGGCCCUGAGGGUCUGCGGCCCCUCCCUGGGCUUCCCCCGCAGAGUCAGGACUGCUCCCAGGCCGGGCUGCCCUGGGAGCCCCCCGGGUUCCCCCUUCUUCAGUCCCCCUGAGCCCAGCCAGCCUGGGCUCUCAGGCCCUGCGCCUGCCUCAGGUCUUUCUUGCUGCAGCCUGCUCCGGCCCGGCUCCCGCCCCUGGGACACGUGGCCCCUCCUGGCUUCUCCUGUAGGGCACCUCCCUCCCUAACCCCCAUCCCAGAAUUGGUGCUCUCCUGGCCCUGCCUCUGGCCCCUUCCCGGGCUGCUGCCCCCUCAGCCAUGUGGCACUUCUGGGCUCCUGACCUAAGCCAGAGGGAGGUCUCUGCCCCCUACCCCUGGCCCUGGACUAUCCAGGCCCUGCUCCUCAGGCCGCCCCACCCCUGGACCUGGGGAGGAGGCUGCUCGUCAUUCCUGACUCACCCCCAUCCCCGGGUGUACCGUUCCUGCCCUCCCCUCUCAGCUGCAGUUGAAGGCUUUAACUUUGCACACUUUGGGGUCACAGUUGCGUCGUUGUAUGUUAAAUAAUCUGAAUAAAUCAAGAGGUUUCAACGCC